AUGUUAUUCAAUUGUAGUAGAACUUUUUUGAAACAACAUCAACAACAGACAACUAAAUCAUUGGUAAAAACAUUGGUUUUGUCAGUUCAACAACAACAACAAACUAUAUAUAGAUUUUCAACAGCUACAUCAACACAACUCUAUCGUGAUAGAAUAUCAAGCAAUACAAUCGACUCUAUCAAGCUACCAAAGAAUCAAUGGUCAGUGAGUAGACUUGGUUUGAAUGUAGACGAUCUAAAUCUAAUAGAAUCAGAGCAAAAAGCUACAUUGAUUUCAGCUUUUAAAAAUGGAUGUAAUUUAAUACAUUCCUAUAAUAACGAUUCAAAGUCACCAACAGAUGUGUUGUCUUCGAUUGUCGGUGUUUCCGAUGUGGAUACAACAGACAAGCAGAGCAAUGUGAUUAUAAAGCGAUCGGAAUUAAUAUAUAUGCAGCGAUCACGUCCACUUCCACCAAGCCAGUCACUCUCGGACCAGGCCGAUAUCCGACGUUUCAUUGUCGACCAAGUCAGCUGCUCGCUGGAAAGACUUUCAACGCGCCAACUCGAUGUAUUUCUCCUGGACAUCUCUAGCUGCAUUUUGAUGUCGACCAGCUUCGAACAGACUCGUCAACAGAUUCAAACGUCGAUGGUGGCACUCGAAGAGAUGGUCGCCUCUGGCAAACUACAGAGCUACGGUUUGUCUCUGAAUAACCUGGCACCAACCGCCGGAGAAACCAUAGAACUACUGGAAUCCAUCCUCCAAUUCCAAUCGCCACACUUCCAGUUCCUCGAAUUUCCAUUCAAUAUCUGUCAACACGAAACAUUCUCUAUGAACAACUACAGCGUAAACACACAGUCACUCAUUGAAUUUGCCAAACAACACCAACUGACAACCAUCAACUCCAGUCCCUCCUACUUUACCAACCCAGUCACAGGAAAACUAUCUCGUUUCGCCAACGUACGUUCACACAAAGAUCAAGACCUACACAAACUCCUAAAGGAAGCAUUCGAUCUUGCCAUUCACCUUGAAAUUAUUAAUCCAAUUUUUAAAGAUUCAGUUCAAGCUGAGAUGAUAAAGAGAACACCAGAUAUUAUUGGACAAUUGAGAUGGGCACAUCUCUUGGUGUAUGAUGCACAAAAGCAUGAGAAGCUGUCAAACUAUUGGAGUUGGCGACGUCUUUUGUCCAGCAAGAUUCGUCCCCAGGUGAAUGAGGCAGUGAUGUCGAUAUUCAGCAAUCACAUUAUGAAUUCAUGGGGUGCUGGCUACCGCAAAGCCAUCAACAAUCUCUUUGAUCUCUACAGUAACUCACUGGAGGCAUCGAUAUUCGACCAACAGGAACAACUUGCCAACCAACUAUACAAAUCACUAGAAAUACCGAUCGCAUCGACAUCGACAACCACCACCAACACCGAUCUUCUCAAACUAUCACAGCAAAUCUCUGCUACCGCUGGAAUCGACCUCACCAUAGAAACACUCACCAACACCGAUGAAUUGAAAUCAAUUUUUAACCAACCAAACAACAAACAAAUUAAUUUAACAACCAACCAACUUUGUAAUUCAAUAAAUUCAAUCAAUUGGAAAUAUUAA